CAAUGAUUGGCAACUCGGUACACCAACGCCUCUGAAUAAGCGCUGUCGCCGGUCUGUCAUACUGACAUAGGGGAACGCCUCGAGGGCCGCCCCCAAAAAAGAUCCUGCCCUUGUCCUAUCUCACCUCCCCGGUUCUCUUAGAAUCUCAGACUGUUCAACUUGGAUGCGGCUUAUGAUCCCACACUCAGACUUGAGUUGAACUCGACACUACCAGUCCCUUAUUGCAAAGCGCACUGUCAGCCGAUCUUUUCCCCCCUUCUUUGUCCUUUGGAUUCCCCAAUGAGAAGUUCUACAGCCACUGUGACUGGCAUCUUCAAGCAACCGACGCCGCCAACUACGUACAUUUGGGUGCCGGGCUAUUAUGAGCAGGGUGCCUAUCCAUCCUGUCCCAGGGUGACUGACUGACACAUCCACAUGCCCUCCUGGGUAACAUCAUUCUUCCUUACUUUCAAAUAAGUACGCCUGCGCCCCAGAGGAGCCGGCUACUCUCACAUGAAGACAAUGUCGUCUUCGACCUUUGGCAUUCAUCCCUCUCUGCUUGACAAGAACAGCAGUGGGGAUAGGACGUGGGCGGCUGCAGACCACGGAGUCGCUGAUCACCCCUACUCAGGCCCUCAGCCAACGACGACGACGACCUCGUUGGCGACGACGUCUUUCACAUCGUCCAACAACCUAUCGCCCUACUCCCAUGUUCAUAGUAACUCAGCAUCUCCCUCCCUCAACAACGCCAGCACGCCAGCAGACUCUUUGUCUGUUCUCAGCGAGCACUAUUCCAGUGAACUCAGCGAGGACGCAGAUCCGUUCUUGGGUGUCGACUUCAACGACGAGGACGGCAGCACACCCACUUUCCUUGGAGGCUCGGUAGGGGACUCGAGCGGUCACAGCGAGCCCUCCUACCCACAGACCGUGUCGUCGGGGCCAGACCAUAAUGCGCCCGACCCUCUCAGCUACCCUCUAAGCACAGGUCCCACCACGCCGUCCUUUCAAACGACAUCUCCGACCUUUGGGCAUGAAACCUCGCUGGCCUUGGGCCAGAUCUCGCCCAGGUCCUUCUCACAAGCGCCCUCGAACCCGUCGGGGCUCGCCUCAUCCGACUACUCUCUCGACCUGUCUGCGCCUCACCUGGGUUCCGAAUCCAAAACGACGCUUUCUAGUGAAGACGGCAUGGUGUUCACCACGGCCCCGAGUCCGAGCCCUCGGGUCCUCGUCUCCAUGUGGGGACGGGACCAGUCUCAGGCCGACGAGCCCUUGCCUCCGGAAGACACGGAAAGCCCCUCGACUGUACGAGCCGGCAUCGUGAGUACCGAUGACAACUUCGUCUCGGCAUCGUAUCAGCGUUCAGAUGCGGCUAGAGACGACUAUGGGAUAUGGUCUGCUGGUCCCUCGACAGGGCCUCGUGGCUGGGGUCCAGAGAUUCGCCCGUCCGCCGAGGGUCCUACCAUGAACGAGAUGGACACGCGCCGCAAGAUUGCAGAGCGCAACAAAGACGUGGGUAGGUGGAUCACCACGGCCACCGAUGGCGGACAGCCUUCUGAGGUGGCUAGCCCGCCAGCCUUCGAUUCUUCGACAAUCGACGACGAUGGUAUCGCCCCGGGAGAGAUUCCAUUGGGCAGUAAGACUGAGAACAAACCCCUGCCUGAUCAGGUUUAUUAUAUGGAGGGAGGAGGCGCUCUCACGGAAGAUCUGAAGCUAAUGGGACAGCACCGUCUCUGGUCGGAUGCGCCCACGGUAUAUCGCAUCACCAAGGAUGGUGCGGAUCGUCAACAACCUGAGAGCUCAGACGCUGCAAUGAAGCGCUUCGACCAGAUGUGCCAGGAGACGGGCUCGGUCCUGUCGAGAGCUGCCACCUGGGGUACGCGCCGUCGAAGCCUGCCCAGCAUCGCAGAUAUGGAGGGCAUUACCAGCGGCAGCUUCUUGAAGAAGCUUUCUAUCAGCCGAGACAGGAAGCCUAGUAUACUGUUCAGGGAGCUCCGCGGAUUGGUCAGGAAACCUAGCAACCCGCUACUCAAGCGCCAUCGCACCGUUCCGGAGGAGGAGCUUGCAGCCGAGAAGGACGCUCAGGCCCGGCGCGAGGGUCGUGACACCCUCGCGCCGCCGCUGCCACGCGCCUCGAGUUGGACCAAGAAGCAGCAGCCGCCUUCUCUCAAUACAGCCCUCAUGUCUAUGGCUACAGGCGCCGCCGCCAUCGGUACGACGCAUGCACGGAGCGGGUCGAUCAGCAAUAUGACCUCGCCCAAGAGCCCCUUCAACUUGCAGGUGAGGGGUACUGUGCUGAAGCGGCCAAGGAGCAAAUCCGAUCUUCCCAAUCGCGCCUUAGUGAAGGAAGAGUCCCACCCCAACCUGGUUGGGAUGUGGAAGAAGAGCGGUGGCCCGCCUGUCGCACACUUGGCGAGAGGCACCGGCAUUCCUGACCUGGACGAUGACGAUGAGGAGGAAGAUGACCUGUACGAUGAAGGUGACGUGAGGGCGGCGAACAGCAACAUCAUUGAUGAGAUCCCUCCCACCCUGGCCGGCUUCAGGCAACAGAUCCUGAAGAUGAAUCCAAGACUGGCGGAACAGAACACGUUCCUCGUCGACCGGAUCGCACAUCAACAAGUCAUACGCUACAAGACGCUACUGAACAGCAAGGUCAGACACCUUCAGCGGACUGCGGCUCACAACUGUCCCUCUGGACAGAUGUGUCUUGAGCUUGGGGGCUCAGCAAUUCCGUUCGACGUCAGGGGAGAUUCCCGGGGCCUAGACCCCCUGAGCACAGCAUACGACGUCGAGGACGCAGACGCCAUCGCACCGGAAGGUGGAAUCACGGCAGAGAGCUUCCCUGCAGAUAUCCCUAUGCCACCCACCAACUCACUACCGGCAGAAUUUGAAUGCCAGCUCUGCUACUCGACCAAGAAGUUUACCAAGCCAUCUGACUGGACCAAACAUGUGCACGAAGACGUGCAGCCCUUCACCUGUACCUGGGACCGGUGCCGGGAGCCCAAGAUCUUCAAGCGCAAAGCUGACUGGGUGCGGCAUGAGAAUGAGGGCCACAGGCACCUUGAAUGGUGGACGUGCGAUGUCGAGGACUGCCGGCACAUCUGCUACCGUAGAGACAACUUCCUGCAACACCUUGUCCGGGAGCACAAGUUCAUAGAGCCCAAGGUGAAAACAAAAGCUGCCGUGAAGCGGGCAGGCGCCCACGAUCCCACGUGGCAAAAGGUUGAGAAGUGCCACACAGAGACACGGAGCAGGCCGCAAGAGGAGCCAUGCCGCUUCUGCGGGAAGACGCUGCAGACGUGGAAGAAGCUGACGGUCCACCUGGCAAAGCACAUGGAGACCAUGAGCCUACCAAUCCUGCGGCUCGUGGCCAGAGCGGAGCUGCACGCCGACACCAUCAUCAGUCCCGUAUCCGAUCCACCUCCCAGGACGUUCCCACCGGUCCAGUCAGAGCAGCAGCCCUUCAGCCAGCAGCAGCAACGGCAGCAACAACAACAGCAACAACAACAGCAACAACAACAACAACAAGCAGCGCAGUACAGCCAUCAUGGCUCCGCAUCGCCGUACUCACGGUCGCCUCACCAAGGCCAAGGUGCCUUCUUCCACCAGCACUGA